AUGUCACCGUGCUACAACUCUCUCUGUGCCACUGGAAAUGUCGACUUCCACUUCAUCCAGGGCGAAGUCAAGAUGUAUGUCCCGCCCGAUUACCAGGGCUUCUUCGGUCCACCGCCCCAUCACUCAUUCCUCCAUCCCGACGGCCAUAAAGGAUUCUUGAUGAACAUGCGAGAUUUCCCGAAACGGAACACCCCAGAGGAAGCCCUGAGGGCAGGCCUAGAGAUAUCCGGGGAUCCCACUUAUAGCUGCAUUGGAGAUGUGAUGGAGCGUCUUAUUAGCAUCCUGGAUAACGACGACGAGUUCGAGGGGAUCAUUGGAUAUUCAGAAGGCGCCCAGGUCGCCGCGUCACUUCUGAUGGAAGAACAACGACGAGCGGAACUAGGUCGCACACCUCGGAUCAAAUGCGCAAUCUUUUUCUCGGGGUGGCCCCCUGUCCAUCCUGUCACUGGGAAGAUCGUCCUGGCGGAUGAUUUCGAGAAAGAGCCCUUCACUUUACCGACAUGUCAUGUUAUCGGGGCAUGCGAUCCAUUCCUCGAUGGUUCGAUGGCUCUAUACAACAUGUGCGAUCCGGAUACUGCCGAUCUGUUUGACCACGGAGGAGGCCAUGCUCUUCCACGCGCCAAAAAGGCCACUGAUGAACUGGCUUUGGUCAUCCAUGAGAUGAUCAACUCUGUGGCCUAA